UCUCCGAACGCAAAAGUGAUUGAUUCGAGUCACUUUUAAAAAAAUACGAAAACCUGCGAUUUGUGGUUUAUUCUUCGCAUUAGUUUUGAUUUGAAUAUCUAGCACGGCUUGUUAAAGGUAAACAACCUCCGGGAGAGGCUAACAAUGGCUACUGGAUCAACGCUGCAGAAGGCGAUCGAUAUCGUCACGAAGGCCACCGAGGAGGAUCGCAACAAAAACUACGAGGAAGCGUUACGCCUGUACGAACACGGAGUGGAAUACUUUCUGCAUGCCAUCAAGUACGAGGCUCAGGGAGACAAGGCGAAGGAUUCCAUCCGAGCGAAAUGCCUUCAAUACCUAGACCGAGCUGAGAAGCUGAAAGCCUAUCUGAAAAAGGGCAAGAAGAAGCCGGUCAAGGAUGGAGGCAGCAGCGGAAAGGAGAGCAAAGGCGGUAAGAACAAUGGCGAUAGUUCCGAUUCCGACUCGGACGAUCCGGAAAAGAAGAAACUACAGUCGAAGCUUGAGGGAGCCAUCGUAGUGGAAAAGCCACACGUCAAGUGGUCCGACGUGGCCGGACUGGAAUUAGCCAAGGAAGCCCUCAAGGAGGCGGUAAUCUUGCCGAUCAAGUUUCCACAUUUGUUCACCGGAAAGCGAAUCCCCUGGAAGGGAAUAUUGCUGUUUGGGCCUCCUGGAACUGGUAAAUCGUAUCUAGCAAAGGCAGUUGCCACGGAAGCAAACAAUUCAACAUUCUUCUCGGUAUCGAGUUCCGAUCUGGUAUCCAAGUGGCUUGGCGAGUCGGAAAAGUUGGUUAAGAAUCUGUUCGAACUAGCUCGAACCCACAAACCUAGCAUUAUCUUUAUUGAUGAAGUAGACUCGCUCUGCUCGUCCAGAUCGGACAACGAGAGUGAGAGCGCCCGUCGUAUCAAAACGGAAUUUCUGGUACAAAUGCAGGGUGUGGGUAGUGAUAACGAUGGAAUUCUGGUGCUGGGUGCCACGAAUACUCCUUGGAUUCUAGACGCCGCCAUCCGGAGACGUUUCGAAAAGCGUAUCUAUAUUCCCUUGCCGGAGGAACACGCCCGGCUGAUAAUGUUCAAGCUACAUCUGGGUAAUACGUCCCACUGUCUCACGGAGGAAAAUAUUCGCACCUUGGCUAACCGGACAGAGGGUUACUCCGGGGCGGAUAUUUCAAUUGUCGUUCGCGACGCGCUCAUGCAACCGGUCCGCAAGGUUCAAUCGUCGACGCAUUUCAAAAAGAUGACUGGCCCUUCUCCCGUGGAUAAGGAAACAAUCUGCGACGAUCUGUUGGUCCCGUGCAGUCCGGGUGAUCCCGGUGCCAUCGAGAUGACUUGGAUGGAGGUGCCCAGCGAUAAACUGUCCGUUCCCCCAGUGACGAUAGGUGACAUGAUGAAAUCGUUGACCAGUACCAAACCAACCGUAAACGAGGAUGACAUGAAGAAGCUGGACAAAUUCACAGAGGACUUUGGACAGGAGGGUUAGGAAAUCAGCAUGGACUUAACUAUUGCAAAAUCAAUACACCAUUGUAGGAGCUUCCCUAAAAAUCGUUUCCUGUUGUCCCCCGCCCCCAAUGGUGUUCGCCGAUUUCGAAUAUUUAACCGUGUUCUGUUAAUUCACAUGCAGAUAAUGGUAGCCUUAAGAUAUUUUGUGAACGAGCGGGCCGUAGAACUACGUGUGAUUACUGGCAGCAGCGUGGGUUGGGGGAAAUGGGGAGAUCCGCGGGAAAGCACAUCCACACACUUAAAAGAUUAUUUUUUUCACUCCUAGAUUUACACCGCAGCAAAUUAAUCCGGCAGAAUGAAAUAAGUAACUUUUGAAUAUAUCAAGAUCAACUUGUGAAAAGAGCAAACAAACCUUUGUAGGCCCUUUUCUCGCCAAACGAAGGUCACCAAUGCAAACCCCUACCCGUUGAUGUUGUUGGUUUGCGUGGCCGACCUUCGGUUGGUGAGAAAAGGGUCUACACAAGUUUGUUUAGAAUGUUCGCAUGUUGUUCUUGAUGUGUUCUAUUUUUCUGUCCUUCUUUUUUGUCCUUUUUUCCUACGCUCUACACACUGUACGGAUGGUUCGUCUUAGUAUAUAGUAAUUAAUAAUAUAUAUGAACAUUGGUUUAUUCAAGUGAACAAUCAUAAAAAAGUGUCGAUUUUUUGUGUUACAAUCCAUCCAACGUUCGUUUGCUGGACAUUUCUGAUAAAAAAUGUUCUCUAUAUGUAUAAUCAUCAUCAUGGCUACACAUUUAUAUAUGUAUAUGCGCUGUUAAUUGGACACUCCUAAAUAAAGCCGUGAACAUAAUUACUGUAGAUUAACUGAACAACAACAAAAAUCUGACGAAUGAGAAAUGAAUAAGUGAAUAAAACACUGUUAUAUUGCUGAA